AUGUCAAGGCACCCGGAAACUUCUGGCACCACGCAAAGUAGACGGCUUCUCUGCACUUUGCAUCUCUUAUGCAAUGAGGACCGUCCGCCGUCAUGCCCAAUCGUCAAGCCCAAAUAA